GUCCACGUCCCAGCACCAGGGCCAAUAGCUCGCUGCGGAUCGAUGCCAUGCCCGUCGUUCGUUCCGACUUCCAACAUGUGGCCCUGCUCGUUUGUGUGGCUGACAUUCCACAGAAUCCGAGUCCAUCUCGGUCGGGGUCGGGGUCGGGCCUCAGGAGCUCAGGAGCUCUCGUGAAUUCCAGGUUCCAAAUUCUCGGCUGCCUCCAGACAAGCGAUCUGUACGGUACUGCGGUCGCGUAAAGUUCGCAUGCUCGCCAUUGCGUUGCGUUCUGGUUGGGUCGCGGUCCUCGAACCUCUGGCGCUUUUUAAUGCUGCCUCUGCUGUGACUGCACCUGCUGCUGCUGCUCUCGGUCCUCCGCCUCGGACGGCCAGGCUUUUUCUGGAUUCCGGUCGUUCCAGCCCGUAAGCUUUUCCAAGUGCCAUCCUUUUCUGGAUUCCACGCACAUAGAGGGCUCUGGAACGCCGACCUCGCGGAUCAAUUGCUCAUUUCUGCUCUGACGGCCGUUCAGUGGACCAGGACGUGCUCGUGCAGGAGGACGCUGUGAGAGUGCUCUCAUUGUGCAUGAACGAUGGUUGGGUCGAUGAUGAGAGCAGUGAGUGAGUGAGUAGAUUUGUGAGUUGUGCGCGAGAGGCGACUGCAGAGGACGAGAGCGAGAAUUUGUGGAAGCGGAUGGAAGAGUAGUUGCGGAAUUGUCGACAAGAUGAUUGGAAGGAUGGAACAGCGUUUGCCCAGUCUGCAACUGUGUGUGCUGCCGCUGUCGAAUAGCGUCUGUCGUUCUGGUGAAUUCUUUGGCUUGAGGCGGUAGCAGACGCAGUCGGAUCUCGAAGAUUUUGGGUUUCUUGAUUGAGGUGGCCUCAUUCGUCAAAUGCUACCGUAGGAAGUUAUCAGCUUUGUUCAGCUCUUGAGCUGAGCUUAUCCCGUGGGAGAUUCUUGCGUCUCAGUCUUUGAUUCAAAAUAAUGGCACAAUUUGCGCUUCGGUCGUCCUCAGCGAUGUCCUUUUUAUGGCCCGGUACUGGAGCCUCGAGCAGGAGUCCGUGUCUCUCACCUCGUAGCUACUCUCAGGGGUCCCAAAUGAGGAGUGGAAGCUGCGGUCAAUUGGGGAGCAAUGUGCUAAUUUUGAAAAGAUGUAAUGGUGGUUUACAUCUAAUUCAGGGUCUGGGGGAUUCUUCUUUCUCCAGAGGACCAUCAAAGGCGAGAGUAAGGAGACGGAAAAGUGUAACCACUUGCUCUAUCGCCCUCACUGAUGGCUUAGGAGGUCAGGAAAGCAUUGGAGACGGUGACAACUUCAAUGGGGCUGCUGUGGAAAAGGAGGAGGAAAAAUUCACUUUGAGCAGAUUUGGAGCGGGAAUUUUAGAAGAUGCGAAGCGGCGAUACAAGCACUAUUUGAGUGACUUUACAGAUGGAGUUCACCCAAAAGCAGCUGCAGCGACAUUCUUUCUCUACUUUGCUUGUUUAACUCCAUGCUUGGCGUUCGGAGGACUCAUGGCCACGGUGACGGGUAAUUCGAUCGGGGUUGUGGAAAGUCUGAUUGGCACUGCUGUGUCUGGAGUUUUGUACGCUAUGUUGGCUGCCCAGCCUCUGACCCUGCUAGGGCCCACGGGACUCAUGGUUAUUUUUACUGGACUUCUGUAUAAGGCCACGGUUGAGCUGGGACUGCCAUUUCUGCCUGUAUACGGAUGGGUUGGUCUGUGGAGUUUUGCCUUUUUGUUUGUGUUAGCCGCGGUUGAAGCUAGUAAUUUGAUAAAACAUUUUACUCGUUUCACGGACGACAUCUUCUCGUCGCUCAUUUCCUUCGGCUUCAUCUCUGAAGCAUGUAAGAGCAUUGGUGCCUUGUUCAAGGCUUCGAGCCCGUUUUCAACUGCAACGGCGUUACUGUCUUUUGUUCUAGCUGGGGGCACGUGGAUACUGUCCACAUUUCUAACUCAAAUGAGAUCUUCGCGAUUACUGGUGCCAAGUGUAAGGAAUGCUCUCUCAGACUUUGGGCCACCGUUGGCGAUUCUUCUGAUGUCACUGGUGCCACCUAUAUUGUUCCCUGGUGUCGUCAUCCCCGAAUUGCCGAUACCGUCUGGUAUUGCAACAACAUCUGGUAGACCAUGGAUCGUUCCUUUCUUCAGCGUUCCAGCAUGGGUUAUCGCGGCUUCAUCUAUCCCUGCAGCUCUUCUUACUCUUCUUAUUUUUCUUGAUCAGAAUAUUACAUCUCGGCUCAUCAACGAUCCAAAAAACAAGCUGAAGAAAGGCGAAGGCUAUCAUCUUGAUCUUUUUGUUUUGGGAGCAUUGAUGGCGGUCGGAUCGUUGUUUGGACUACCUUGGAUGGUCGCUUCAACAGUCCCCUCUUUGAGUCAUGUUCGGAGUCUAUCCACCAUAUCCAAGUCAAUCAGUAUCAGCGGAGAAAACUCUGAUAUACCAGACGAGACGGUUGUCGGCGUUAUUGAAAAUCGACUAACUGGAGUCACUAUCCACGUAUUAAUAGGAGCAUCAUUAUUGCUUCUGCCAAUUUUGCGGUUCGUCCCAGUUCCGGUAACAAGCGGUCUAUUUCUGUACAUGGGAUUUACGAGUCUAUCUGGAAAUCAGUUUGUAGAAAGGUUAAAACUAUGGGUAUAUGAUCCCGAGCUCUACCCCGAGUACGAUUUUACCAAAUCGGUUCCCAGAGCCGUGCUGCAUGGCUUCACAGCUUUGCAGUUAGUGUGCUUAACAACUCUGUGGACUCUGAAGAAAACUUCUUGGGGAAUCACUUUCCCACUUUUGAUACUCGCUUUGAUGCCCAUCAGAAACUAUGUCGCUGGCUCUCUGUUUUCUAGAGAACACUUAAACAUCAUGGACUCACAUUGAGGCACUCAGCAGUCCGUUAUCCCUCCCUACAGCACACAGGAGUGAUGGAGAAACCAGGAGAAAGCAGAGACGAAAGCCAUCGAACACUAGCUCUCUUAUGCUGAGUAAGUUGUAAAAUUUGUAAUAUUUUGAGAGUGGUGAAUAUGCUUGUCUUUCAGACCGGGUAGUGAGCCCAGGAUUGUAGGGACAGGACUGAUAAGAUGCAAAGUUUUUCUAAAAUAUGGGUUUGUCUGGAUGUAUCGUGAAGAUCUGUUUUUUUCACCUCGCUGGUGACUUUACUUGUUUUCCAGCAAAGCUAGAUAUCCUUUGAGUACCUCAUAGUAGGUCUACCCUGUGAAGGCUAAACGUUCUUAAAUACCGCUGACUGGCGAGUGAUGACCACUGUACCUGUGAUACGUCUCGGUUUUCUCUUAUAAGUGCUGUAUGGAUUCUGCUGCGCCGCUGAAGUUCAACACUGCCACAUGAUAGAAUCUGCUCUCGUCUGAAAUGUCUAAAGCCGUCCUUAUCCGCGAGUGCGACUUAACUAUGCAGUAAUUGUUGUUACUGCAAAAUAAUCUGAACGUUAAUUGUACAAA